GUCUGUGGUCCAUCCUUUAAUAUGUCCAUGAUGUUACCCUGCGCCACUGAGCAGUUAGUAUAGGAAUGAAUGGGCGGCCAUUUUCCAGUCUGUGGUCCAUCCUUUAUUAUGUCCAUGCGUUUCACCGAGCAUGCAUCGGAGGUGGCUCGUGUGUGCUUGCAAUCGCUAUAAAUCCCAGGAUGCAUUUCGCACUCGCAGCAGUGCGAUGGCGGACAAUAUGGAGAAGACGCACAACUGUAGCUUAAGUUACUCUUAACUUAUAUAUAUAUUUAUAUAAUAUAUAAUAUAAUAAUAAUAAUAAUAUAAGAUAAUAUAUAAACAUAUAUAUAUAAAGUCGUGUGUGUAAGCCUUAUACACAUGACAGGACACGCAUAUCUUUACAUAUAUUUACAUACUAUUUGAAAAUGAAAGAGGCUGGGAUUUUGUUUUAUAUCAUUUGUUUAUAUUGUUCAGUAGUAUAUGCCUAAAUGAGGUCGUAGCACAGUUAACGGACGAGCAGAGGUGGUGACGUUAUCGAGUCCGCUGCUGUUCCAAUUGCAGGUACGUACUCGCGUGCUCGCAAGUCUGUGCUUGAAGUACGGACUUGCCAAGUGUCAUAUACGGUAGUUAAUGUGCUUGCGCACAUACUUGUCAUAUACGGUAGUUAAUGUGCUUGCGCAUAUAUUAGGGGACAUACGGGAGGUUAGCCGAUGUGAGCGAGACACACGGCAGUUAAUAAACCUGAGUUGAGCAUCCGAACAAGUAUCGAUCGCAUUACUUUACAUGGUGUCAGAAGCGAAAACGAAGUCAUGCCUAAGUUCCCCCUCCGACCAACUUUUCCUUCGAUAGGCCAGGAGAGUGGCCGGAGUGGAAGCAGCGUUUUGUGAGAUUCAGAAUCGCAAGCAAGCUGGACAAGGAAGAUGGUGCUGUGCAGGUUAGCAGUCUGAUAUACGCUAUGGGAAGCGAGUCGGAGAACAUCUUCCGUUCGUUUAACUUCGAAGAUAAUGCACAUAGAGAUGAUUAUGUGAGGGUGCUUGGAAAGUUCGAUGAUUACUUUGUGCCAAGAAGGAAUGUAAUACACGAACGUGCAUGUUUCCAUCUGCGCGUGCAAAGACCAGGAGAAAAAGCUGAAACUUUUAUCAGGGCUUUGUAUGAACUGGCAGAACAUUGCGAAUUCGGCGGGAACAGAGAUGAGAAUAUCCGCGACCGAAUCGUAGUUGGAAUACUCGACAAAGAUGUCUCACGGAAAUUGCAGCUGACAAAGGACUUAACACUAGCGCUGACUAUAGAGACAGUCAGGCAGUCGGAAGAAGUUGCUUCUCAAGUCAGCAUGCAAGGAGAGACAACGGGGGUGAUACAAGAAGUCACCCACGAGCGCAGCAAAUACCCCAAUCAUUACGGUAAGCCAAAAGGGGGAAAUAAAGGGCAAUGUGGACUGUGUGGGAAAGUGUGGCACAGUAAAGAUGAAAAUUGCCCGGCUCGAAAUUCCACAUGCAAUACAUGUAACAAAGUUGGACAUUGGAGUAGAGUGUGUAGGCGCAGGCAGGCAGUGAGUGAGGUUACAGAGCAAACGGAGCAGCAGUCACACUUUCUUGGGGCUGUGAGUAAAGCAGACGGGUCGCCAGAGCAAUGGGCCGUCGAGUUACUGGUGGGCUCUACACCAGUUGACUUCAAAAUCGACACAGGGGCCGAUGUUAACGUCAUCUGCGAGGAGACCUACCACUCACUCAUGCCCAAAAGAGCACUGCAGCCUGCAGAGAUGCCACUGGACAGCCCAGGGGGCGAGCUGCAGUGCAUAGGACAGUUCCAGAGCACUGUGACCUACAAAGGAAAGACUCACCCACUCACAGCAUAUGUCAUCCGCGGACGUAUGGUCAACAACUUACUCAGCAGGCCGCUGUCUGUGAAAAUGGAUCUAGUGAGGAGAGUGAAUGAAACGGUGUGCAACAAGGAACAUCCACAGGCAUAUGGCACGCAUGGGACUUUAAAGACUGAACCAGUGAGAAUACUGCUGAAAGACAAUGCUCAGCCAUAUGCUGUAUACACAGCACGACGCGUGCCUCUCCCUAUGCUGCAAAAGAUAAGGAGGAGCUCAAGAGGAUGGAGGGAAAUGGCAUCAUCGAGAGGGUGACACAGCCCACGGACUGGUGUGCACCCAUGGUGCCAGUCUUGAAGAGCACAGGUAAAGCCUGCAUAUGUGUUGAUCUCAAGAGGCUGAAUGAGGCAGUGAAAAGAAAACAGUAUAUCCUGCCUACUACUGAUGAGAUUACAGCAAAGCUGAGUGGGGCCACUGUCUUCUCUUCGCUCUAUGCCGCCAGUGGGUUCUUCCAGAUACCGCUGCACCCAGACAGCUGUAAGCUCACUACCUUUCUUACACCAUAUGGCAGAUUCAACUUCAAGCGGCUACCUUUUGGAAUCACGAGCACACCAGAAAUCUUUCAGAGGAAGAUGAUGGAGACCCUGCAGGGGCUGGAGGGUGUUGAGGUCUUCAUGGACGACAUUCUGGUCUAUGGGACCACACAAGAGCAGCACGACGGUCGCCUGGAGAAGGUAAUGCAGCGCAUUGUGACAGCUGGUCUGAAGCUCAACCGUGAGAAGUGCUCCAUCAGGCAGAGUCAGCUGCGGUUCCUUGGACAUCUCAUUGACCGGUCCGGGAUCCGGCCUGACCCAGACAAAGUGAAAGCUAUAAGGCAGCUGUCACCACCAGCAGACGUGCAAGAAUUGAGAAGGAUACUGGGAAUGGUAAAUUAUCUUGGAAGAUACAUCCCCAGACUCUCUACCAUAGGACAGCCGCUGUACGAGCUCUUGAGGGACAAUAAUUCAUGGACAUGGAGCCACGCACAACAAACUGCUUUUGAACACAUCCAGGAGCUGUUGUCAACUGCACCAGUACUUGUUUUCUAUGACUUGAACAAGCCCACGGCUGUGUCAGCAGAUGCAAGUAGUUAUGGAUUGGGGGGUGUGCUCCUUCAGCUCCACGGGGAGCAGUGGAAACCUGUGGCAUAUUGCUCCAGACGGCUCACUGAGGCAGAAACACGAUACGCCCAGAUAGAGAAGGAAUGCCUGGCCGAGCGACCCUGGAAGAGAAUUGCAAUGGACCUUUGUGAGCACAACUACCUGGUAAUCUCAGAUUAUUACUCCAGGUUCCUAGAGAUACUGCACUUACCCUCGACAACGAGUGCACAGGUGAUUCAAAGAAUGAAAGCGGUCUUCGCCAGGUUUGGCAUUCCAGAUGAGGUGGUGAGUGAUAAUGGACCCCAGUUUUCAAGUGCAGAGUUCAGGGAGUGCGCGAGGCAGCUCGACUUCAAGCACUGCACAUCCAGCCCUCACCAUCCACAGGGCAAUGGGCACGCAGAGAGAGCUGUACAGACGGCAAAGAAAAUUCUCAAGCAAGAAGAUCCUGUGAUGGCUCUGAUGAGCUAUAGGUCCACUCCGUGCUCCACCACAGGCUUCAGUCCAGCCGAGCUGUUGAUGGGGAGGAAAAUCAGAACCACACUCCCCACUCUGGAGAAAAAUCUCCUACCCAAAUGGCCUAGCAGGACAGCUGUGAAGGAGAGGGACGGAAGGGAAAAGGCUAAACAGGCUCACUACUUCAACCGCCGUCAUGGAGCCAGGCCCUUACCUGCCCUGCAACCAGGAGAUGUUGUAUUCUCCAAGUUGGACCAUGAAAAGUCAUGGUCUUUGCCAGCGGUGAUCUCAAGCGAGAGCACCACCCCGAGAUCCUUCGUCAUCAGGACGCAGCAUGGAGCGGAGCUGCGGCGGAACCGCCGUCACCUCCAACCAGGGCCAGUUCCCCAGCCCAUCCCAGCAGCGCACAGGGACGUCACAGGGACAGACACACACUCUGACGGUGCCACCAUGUCAGAGACCGUUCCUGUGAGUCAGAGUGUGGCUCCACCCACAACCCCUCUGCCCGGUCAGACUGUGACCAGAUCGGGACGGGUGUGCAAGCAGAUCGACAGGCUUGACCUGUAA